CUGUCAACUUAGAAAAAACUGAGAUGUUGAAUGCGAGCGGGGAGAUAACAACGAAUGUCAAAGUUGUGGAAUUAAUAGAAGCAAAGAAUGUUUAUAUCCCGGCAGUAAACUCGCCUAAUUAGAGACGCAAUGAACAAUAAAAUAAUUAAUUAUAGAAAAGUGCAUACUUAUUGAGCAGCAUCAGCUCUCUGUUUAGCUCUUCAAAAUGACCUAACAAACUCUAUAUUCAAGAAUAGUUUAGAAAACAAAAUCGACUGAUUUAACUUGAAAUGAAUUUACACAUUGCCACCAUACUCAUCUGCAUUCUACAGCACAUUAAUCCAGUUUCUUCGCAAGGCAUACCCAUAAGUCCGUGUCCGAAAAUCUUCCAGUACCGCUUCGACGGCGCUGAGUGGUUUGGUGUGCUUUCCGUGCAUAAUCCCGACCCAAGCGAAGCUUUGCAAGUCAAAGUGACACUCUCCAUGCGUGGAAAGCCAACGACGAAUUACCUUGGUGAAAUCGAAUUGCUAUCGCGUGGCCAAUAUCACAGCGAUGCGCCCGUUCUCUAUAAAAUCAAGUUCCCACGAACGCAUUUUCCGCCUAAAGUGUUGCAGGUGACCGCAAAUAAUCACAUAAUUUGUUUAGGUCAAGCAGAUCACAGCAUAUUCGUGACACAAAUUCAACUUGAACAUACUAGAAAAUUUACAUUCAUCGGAGAUGAUGAGCCGUCAGACACAGCACCGGAAGACGCACAAUUCUCUGCUGCUACGUUGAUGGAUGAUGAUGAAGAGGAAGAUGAUGACAUUCAAUUCAUAGCAACCGAUACGAAAUUUAAUGCGGAACAUUCGUCAAGCGCACACGCUGAAAUCCCCCCUCCCAAACAUACAUCAAUGCAAAGCAUUUGUGGCAAAAUAGACGUGCGCAUACGUUCCCGCUCGCAGUUAAGCGCUUCAAAAUUGACCGAUCACAAUGCCAGACCACUUGCAACACACCCAAAUGAGCAAAAGCAACAGCGCACCGCAAUGGAUAAACUAGCGUCUGCCACCUCAGCGCAAAUGAGUAAAGUCAAAGUCAACAUGUUUGGACCCAGCAUACCACCGCUUGCAACCGCUGGCAUGUUGCCCCAAAAUACCACUCAUUUCGUUGACACCAACAGUACGUUGACCACUUUGCCGCCAAAUACAGUACUUACACGCGGCGCCUGGCCAUGGUUGGCCGCAAUUUACGUGAAUAAUUUAACAUCGUUGGCUUAUCAGUGCGCUGGCACCUUGGUGUCCUCGCGUGUGGUCAUAAGUUCAGCACAUUGCUUCCGGCUGCAUAAGCAACGCUACACAGCCAACGAGGUGCUUGUCUUUCUUGGGCGCCAUAAUCUACGAAAUUGGAAUGAGGAGCACUCAAUAGCAGCGCCAGUAAGUGAGAUCUACCUACACCCCGACUAUGAUGCCGCACUGGGCACCUACGAUGCGGACAUAGCGGUGCUGGUGUUGAAGCAUCAAGUGCGCUUCAACACCUACAUACGUCCGGCGUGUCUGUGGAGUGGCGCCGUCGAACUCGAAUAUAUUAUUGGUGAACGUGGCUUAAUUGUAGGCUGGGGUAUUACAAAAAUGCACAGCGACAGCGCGUUUGUGGGUAGCAGACCCGCUAUAGCCGCAGUGCCGCGCAUUAUCCAAGCGUCUAUUGUGUCGAACGAAAUGUGUUUCGCAUCACAACCACAAUUGCAUAGCCUCACCUCCAAUCGUACUUUUUGCGCAGGUUUGACCAGGUUGCAACGUGGCCAGUUGACCUCUCGAGCUGUUGACGAGCGAACGGGCGUGGGGCCGUGCACUGGCGACUCAGGCGCUGGAUUGUUGUUGAAACGAAACAAUCGGUGGCUGCUGCGUGGCACAGUUUCGGCGACACUGCCAUCCAAGCAGAACAAAUGCAUCAGCAAUCAGUAUGUCAUCUACGCAGAUGUAGCUAAAUUUCUCGACUGGAUUAUGGCGUUCACUAUUUAGCAACAAGUGAAUAAUAAAAUGGCAAAAUGAAUAAUUUAAAUG